CGGGGCGGGGGCAUGGCGGGGUUCGGCCGCCGACACCCGAUACCUCCCGCCCUGGCGGAGGCGGUCGGCGGAUAGUUUCUUCCCUUUUCUAGGCUGGGCUCUGCUACUGACCUCCAGUGUACCCAUCGUCAAUCUCCUGCCCCUUCGGUUUCCAACCUAACAUGGUUUCCUGCAUCCUCCAGGUGCUCAGCAUGUCUUGGCUGCUCCUGCUCUGCUCACUCUGACCAUGAGCAGCAAUUCUUCCCUCAGCAAUGGGAAUGCUCUGAGGAACCUCACCACGCAAGAAGACGGCGCGAUCAGAGUCACUGAAGCCGUUGCUAUAAUCGUCAUUGCUGUUUUCAUCUGCUUGGGCAACCUCAUCAUUGUUGUCACCCUCUAUCGGAAGUCUUACCUUCUCACGCUGAGCAACAAGUUUGUGUUCAGCCUGACCCUCUCCAACUUCCUGCUCUCUGUCCUGGUGCUGCCUUUUGUUGUCACCAGUUCUAUCAGGCGGGAAUGGAUCUUUGGAGUUGUUUGGUGCAAUUUCUCAGCUCUGCUCUACAUGCUUAUCAGCUCAGCCAGCAUGCUUACUCUUGGACUCAUAGCCAUAGACCGGUACUAUGCUGUCCUUUACCCUAUGGUAUACCCAAUGAAGAUUACAGGCAACAGAGCAGUGGUGGCUCUUGUGUAUGUGUGGCUACAUUCCCUCAUCGGCUGCCUCCCUCCCCUCUUUGGCUGGUCAUCUUUGGAGUUUGACCAGUUCAAGUGGAUGUGUGUAGCAGCGUGGCACAAAGAGGCUGGUUACACUGCCUUUUGGCAGGUCUGGUGUGCGUUGCUGCCUUUCCUGGUCAUGAUGAUCUGCUAUGGGUUCAUAUUCCGUGUGGCUAGGAUUAAAGCCCGCAAAAUCCACUGUGGCAGUGUUGUCAUUGUGGAGGAGGACUCCCAGAGGAAUGGGAGGAAGAACUCCAGCACUUCCACAUCCUCCUCAGGAAGCCGAAGGAACGCUUUCCAAGGGGUUGUCUACUCUGCCAACCAGUGCAAAGCUUUCAUAACCAUCUUGGUUGUCAUCGGUGCUUUUGUUAUUACAUGGGGACCUUACAUGGUAGUAAUAACAUCGGAGGCGCUUUGGGGAAAAAACAGUAUUUCUCCUGCCUUGGAGACAUUAGCUACGUGGUUGUCCUUUUCCAGUGCCAUUUGCCACCCAUUAAUUUAUGGACUGUGGAACAAAACAGUGCGCAAGGAACUUCUAGGAAUGUGCUUUGGGGAUCGGUAUUAUCGUGAGUCGUUUGUUCAGCGGCAUAGGACCUCAAGGUUAUUCAGCAUUUCCAAUAGGAUCACAGAUUUGGGACUAUCCCCUCAUCUCACUGCCCUCAUGGCAGGUGGGCGGACAUUAGGAAACAGCAGCAGCACAGGAGACACAGGUUUCAGCUGUUCACAGGAUUCAGGAACAGACACAAUGCUUCUUGAAGACUAUAGCUCAGAUGGCCCUUCUCUUCCACAUUGUGUCUGUCCUCCUCGAAGAAGGAGUUCAGUGACAUUUGAAGAUGAAGUAGAGCAAAUUAAAAAUGGGCUUAGGGAAACUGCAAAGAAUUCUGUUCUUCACGUAAAAGCUGAUGUUCAUAAAUCUCUGGACAGUUAUGCAUCCAGCUUAGCAAGAGCUAUUGAAGCUGAUGUGAAAAUCAGCUUGUUUGGGGAAGGUGCCUUACCAGGAGCUCUGUUUCCUGUGCGGACUCUGCCAGGAAGCGGCGUGAACACACGGCGUGGCAUCAGGCCCCAUGCUAGCCAAAGACUUCAGCUUCAGAGCAUCGAUGAAGGGAAUAUUUGACAGAAGAACUAGAGGAAAGUAACUGAAUGAAACCACUAAGCGGGACCUACCAUGUCUGUUACUGUUUGAACAGAAGCAGGAUACCUUGUUGGGACGUUUUCAGUGACACAUGAAUGUCAGUUGAAUUCUGGUACUUGCAUCAGCAUUUUGCAGCAGUAUUUACUUAUUGUUUAGGGUGCUAUUGGACUCCUUUUUGCCACAUCUGAAACCUGUCAUGCAGAGCAUAGGAACACAGAGUUUGAUUUUUGUCAACCAAAUCAUUAGGCCAUUGAAUCACAUUGUCUCUUUUUGGCCAAAGCUGACACAGAGAUGAAAAGUAUGUGCAGUGUUUAAUAAUUGUAGUGGUCCUUUUCUGAACACUAGGAUCAUCCAUUUAUACUUGAUACCUUGAGUGUUCUGAUGAGGGCUUGUACGUUGGUUUCUACACGCAGUCUUACUGUCAAGAUUCCCAAAUAAUAGAGCACGGAACACUAAGGACAACAAUUGAGCUUUAAGAGAGCUCAUGUAUGUUAUCAUUAUUCUUAUCCUUGCUAGCAGACAUUUCUGGCCAUUUGUCAGAAUGCUAGGUAUGAAAACUAAUUGCAUGUUGCUUCUGCUUUACGAGACACCUGCUUCUCCAGAUGUCAUGGGUUGAAGCAGACCAGCGUUGGAAGUUUCACAGAAAUAUUUGAGAAGGACAUCACUGCAGAGUUCUUAGUUUCUCUGAGAACUGCAAGUCUCUUCCCUGCUUUUGCUUUGACUAAAAGAUCACCCUGCAGCUUCAGGAAGCUUGACAGGACAUGAAUAAGGUAUUACCACUUUCAUCGUAUAUGCAGGAUUCAUCUUUUCUAUAGAAGGAAAUUCCAUGGGUUAUUUUUUAAUCAUGAGAGAAUGUAGUACUUAAUAGUUACCUCAGUGCAUAUAUUUUUUUGGAGUUUUAAUUCAUUAAUCUCUAGAAUAACACCAUUUAGCACUUACGUUGCACCUUGCACAUUCUAGGCACUGUACAGACUUUACCUUGUUAGGCCUGUGUGAGAGGGCUGAUCAGCCUUGCUUGCCAAAGAAGAGGAAUGCAGCAACAGUUGAGCCAGAAAUGAAAGCAGCUGCAAGGGUGGAAAGAUUUGUUAUGAAAAGAGGGAUGAAGUGGAUCUUAUGAGAAUGCCCAGCAUGAGGAACCUCUCUGUGCCUUUCUAGCCUGGACCUUUUCUUCCUUUAUAGAAGUUACUGCCCUGCCUUAAUGUUUAUUUCAAGGAGAUGGAUCAGUAGGCUAUCUGUUUCUUGAGGUUGGGUUUCAGUAGCAAAUGGACUUAUGGACUGAGGACCUGUAUUUAUUUACUCUGUGUCUGUUCUCCACUGUCUCUCAUUUUAAGUGUUUACUUUUUUUUUCUUUUUCUUAGAAGUGAACUGAGCUUUUGCAGCAGAUUCUUUGGAAAUUGGGGGACAGACUGUUUACAUCUGGUCAAAAAAUUAAGUUGAUGGUUGUUAAAUUAUGUCUGCUUGCAACUUUCUCAAAGGUACAGAAACAAAAUAAGCUUUGAGGCAGAGCCUCAUCUCUGAUUUUAGACAUCCUGUUUGUCCAUCUUCUUAACUCAGAAACACGUUUCAGCACAAGCUUAUAUCAGUCUGUGGAUAAAGCAGCUGGUCUUUUUGAACUAGCCUGAAUCCAUGACAUUCCCACGUAAGAUUUAAUUGCAUGCUUAAAAUUCAGUAUGUGGUUUGGUGAUUAAGAAUGAGCUCUUAAAGUAAGAACACAUAAACACCAUAAGAUAGCUCUUUGAAUAAUGCAGAAUGAACUGAGCUGUGGACUGGAUGGAGAGCUGAUGUGCUGAGCAGCAGUGUGUGUGUAUCAGCUCCCUACUCCUGUGUUUUUUUAACUUUCUGUGUGUUAAUUGACACGUGGGGGCACUUCAAAACCCAAGUUCCACUGUUUGCCAAGAAAUGGCUUGCACUGAGGAUAUUAUUGCUGUCAUUAAUACUUCAGUCGUACUUGUUUAUAGUGGUCAGUGCUCCUUAAGGUAUGUGCUUCCCCUCAGAGGGCUUGAAUUGUUUUAUCUGCAUCCCUUUUCUUUCACGUUCCUGCUUCCAAACAAGUUGAGUGAAUGUGGAAAGGGCAAAAGUGAGUGAUGUGAAGUCAGUGCUAGGCCAAAAUAGGUUUUUUUUAGGAGCAAAAAUUUUCACAUCGCAUGUGAGCGCACAAAAUCACAUGUGUUUUAUAAAAAGGAUGUUUUUCAGAAUAAUACUGAGCCUAAUUCAGUCUUCAGGCAAGUCAGCAGCUGUUCACACCAGUACUGAAUUGGGCUCUCAGUGUUCAUUUCACUAAUCCAUUAUUUAGUAUGAAUGUUGUUAAUAUUUUUGCUAAUCAAAUUGUAGCCUCUCCAUUUCUCUGUUACUACCAGCAUCAUUUUCUCACUUGUCAUAAGUUAAUGCGGUAAUGCACACAGUUUGUAAAAUUAUAUCCCCCAUCUGAAAUACAGAAGAAAAAAAACAAGUGUCUAAUGGUUUCUAAUAGUUCAAGAUGUUUGUUUACACUCCUGUUAAUCUAAACAAUCCUUGAAUUUAGGGCUAUGCCUGCUG